GCGGCCUUGGCAUGAGCUCCUGGUUUGGGGGGCCCGCGGGCCCUGACCCCCUCAUGGUGCUGCUGGUGGUCAUCCUGCUCGCCCGCUUCCUGCUGUGGUUCUGUCUCGGCACCUUCAUCGACUACAGACUGGCCCAGAGGUUCCCGCACAAGCCCAAGGAGGACUAG